GGGUCCUUAUUAAUAAAGCUCCGCCUAUUUUGACCAUUCAUCUUAAGAGGUUCAGCCAAGAUGCUACCAAGAGGAUGAUGAUGGGCCAAAGGAUGCAACGAAGGGUCAUCAAGGCCCUUCUGAUGUCCCUACAGAUGAGAUGCUUUCUGAUGAAUAUUAUGAGCAAGAUGGGAAAGAGUAGAAUGAUUUAAUGCAUUAUAGAGGGUUUCCUCAUUCUUUGGGGUCUAAUUCCGAGCAACAACUAAAGCCAGCUGCAAGGAAUAAGAAUACUGCAAGAUCUUCUAGAGUCUUGAAUGGCAGUGAAAAUUUUGGCGAUGGUGAUGAAGAUGACAACAAUAAUGAUGAUGCUGAUUAUGAAGAGGAUGAAGAUGAUGAUCCUGAUGAUGCAGAUUUUGAACCUGAUUAUGGCAUUACAAGUGAACGCACAUUGAAAAAGGAGGAACUUGAAGAGGAAGAUAGUGAUUGUAUUGAGAAAGUGCUGUGGCAUCAACCAAAGGGCGUGGCUGAAGAAGCUCUUAGGAGUAAAAGAUCAACUGAUCCUGUUCUACUUAGCUACUUGUUUGAUUCUGAGCCAAAUUGGAAUGAGAUGGAAUUCUUGAUAAAAUGGAAAGGCCAAUCCCAUUUACACUGUCAGUGGAAAUCAUUUUCUGAGCUUCAGAAUCUUAGUGGUUUUAAGAAGGUUUUGAAUUACACUAAAAAGGUAACGGACGAAGUCAGGUUCAGGAAGACAGUCACACGUGAGGAGGUAAUAUUUUUAUUUUUUUUUCUUUUUCUUUUAUGAAUGCCAGACUUUGAUUCAGAAAGUCAGAAUGUUAAGAAGCAAUAAAG